AUGGGCCUAUCUGAGCUACAGGAUACUCUUUCCAAUAUCCAGAAAGACAUUCGCAAACAUACACACCAGAUCGAGGCCACAGCAGCAGAAGCCCAAUCUCUCCAAUCCCGCAUUCCCAGCAUCAAGAUUGGAUCCGAAUCUAUUUUCAAUAAAGACGCCGCCAGACUAAGUCUCUUCGAAGCGCCUUCAAAUUUCGCGCCUUCGGAACUUGACUUUCAGUUUGAUGACUUGGUCAUUAAUAGCAGUGCGUACAGGCGAGCGUUCGCCAAAGCUCAUACCGAAAACCAGAAGUCACAUAAACAGGUCGAAGAUGAUCCCGCUAAUCCUGACUCUAAUACACCCAAUAUCAGGGAGUUCAAAUUGGUAACUCCAUCGAAUGAUACACCACGUGGCAUCUCACAAAUAACAUUAUCGGAUACCUCUGAAGCGGCAGCCGAAGAUGAAGGUUUGUAUCCCAAAAGCCAAUCAGGCUCACUGAACGAAGCCACCGGGGAGGAGACGUAUCAAACUGCUCAUACGAACGGCUCUGACUCCCAAGAUCUUCUUUUCAGCCAGGACGUGUCCCAGCUUGUGUGCAACAAGUGUUCAGUCGACAUUACAGGAAGGUGUGUGUCGGCCUUGGGCAAUGCAUGGCAUCCAAACUGCUUUGUGUGUUACGUGAGUUCCACAAUCCGGAUCUCAGAAGUCAGAACUGAUUGA